UUUGAUACCUAGUGUUUGACAAUUUAUAGAGUUGUCAAUGAACUGAUAAAACUGGAUAAAAGUUAAAAGUGGUUUGGUUGGUUGGAUGAAGGCAGACGAGGCUUACAAAACAAUGUCUACCCAAAUUCGUUGAAGACCCCGUAUGGUACUUCAACAAUGGCCUUGUAACUUGAUUAUUGAGUGAUGUUUAUUUGCAAUUAACACCAUGUGGAAGUAUGUUACGCGUCGCAUCCGAGAUGCUUUAGAGAAGAGUGUAAACCAUUUUGAUAAACGUAGUUCUACAGGCGUCGUAAAUUCAGCUGGAAGCACCCUUUCAGAGGAGCAAAACAAACGCAUAGGAGCACCAUCUUGCUGGCAAAAUCCACGCAAAUGUUGGAAAUCAUUUUGUAACGACAACGAUACUAAAAGCAAAAGGUGGAAUUUUGAUGAUCUAAAUCGCACUUGGAUAGGUGCCAUAACAUGGAGCAGUGCUUUGGUCAUAGGUUGGUACACUAGCCAGCUUAUCCAUCUCAAACUCAAGUACAAAUGUAGAGAUGAUAAAAAGAAUUGUUAUCCUGUUAACUGUUUGCUGUCAUCACUGCACCCUUACAUUGAUUACAUCAGUAAGAGUGCAGUUGGAUUGAAUUCAAGUCGAAAAAUUGAGAAAGCAAUAGCAAAUGUUCCAAUACAUGUACAUUUGUUAUCAAAUGAAAACAAAACAGAAGAGAAAGCAUCAACCAGUGGUAGCAACAGUUCUACAAGCUCUAGUGAUGAACUCGGAGAGGUAUUGAACUCUAUAGAGAACAGACUGGGCUUGGCUGCCAUUGAAAAUGGACAACAUCAAGAUGGUUUAAAUUUGCUGAGAUCUGCAGCAAACCGUAAUCAUGCACCAGCCCUGUUCAAUCUGGGCUUAUGCUAUGAGAUGGGCAUGGGUGUAGCCAUUGAUGAGAAAAUGGCAAUGGAGUUAUAUCGCAUGGCAGCUACACAGCAGCAUCCCGGUGCAUUGUACAAUCUCGGGAUUUACUAUGGUCAAGGUCGAGGUGGUUUGACCAGAGACACGGCCACGGCUAAACGACUGUUACGUCUGGCCGCCGUGCAGGGUCAGCAAGAUGCCAUUAAAGCCUUAAGCGGUCUUGAUGACACUCCCGAGCCUUACACUGAUAAAUGGGAAAACAACUUAUAUUCUCCUGAUGAGCAUUUUGCACCGACACAUUCAGUGCUUUUUGUAGAAAACACCAGUCAUAAUUAUAAUGUGUUAGUUUGUUAAUUGAUAAUAUAGUAG